AUGUCUAUCAAAGAAAUCUUGCGGGACGCGCCGGCCGGCCAACUAGCCCGAACUUACCUGGGAUGGAAGAUAACGCCGUAUGAAGACGAGAAGGACAACUACCAACUGCCACAACCUGAGAAACAAGAGGCUGUCCCACAAGCCGAAGCCCAGCGCAAUGUGGAUCCUGACGAUGGAUCUGACGAAGGGUCUUCCGACGACAAAGAUAAGGAGAAGGAUCUCGAAAGCAUUGUUCCUAACACCGAACCUGGUGGAUCGCGGUCGCAUGCUGACCAUUCUGGGGACCGCGACAUCGAGCGUGUUGCGACGGAGAAAGAUCACCAUGGAGGGCAACAGCCAGAUUUCCAGGAAGUAGGCUUCACUCCGAUGGAUCGCGACAAUCCCCAGAACUGGUCAGCCACGAAGAAGGCUUUCGUAUUCUUCCAGAUAUGUCUCCUAACAUUCUCAAUUUACAGCGCGUCCGCCAUCAUCACGCCAGCUGAAGGCAUUUUCGUACAGCAAUGGGGGACGACAGAAGAGGUCUCGGCGAUGGUCCUCUCCAUGUAUGUUCUGGGCUACGGAACUGGGCCUUUGAUCUUUAGUCCAUUGUCCGAGAUGCCAAUGGUUGGCCGGAACGUGCCGUAUAUGAUAUCGUUUGCUAUAUUCAUCAUCAUGACCGCGAUCGGUAGCGGCGUCAGUAACUUCCCUGGAAUAGUCGUUAUACGGUUCAUUCAAGGCUUCUUCGGUGGCCCUGUUUUGAGUACUGGCGCGGCGUCGGCAGGCGACAUAUACCCUUUCAACAAGAUGCCUUAUGCGUUGUCCUUCUGGGCAUUCUUCGCCUAUGCGGGCCCCGCCCUCGGCCCUGUCAUGAGUGGAUUUGCAAUUCCCCUCAACAACUGGCGAUGGGGUUUCUGGGAGACGUUGAUCUUAUCUGGAUUUACCUUCUUACUGUUGUUCUUCUUCCUGCCGGAGACCAAUGCCGACUACAUCCUUGCGCAGCGCGCUAAGCGGCUCCGGAAGAAGACUGGUGACAGCAACUUACUGUCGAGGUCCGAAAGCCGCUCUGGGAACAAGAACUGGGUCAAGCUCACAGUAUACCAUCUCACAAUGCCCUUCCGGAUCACGGUGCUGGAUCCUUCGGUUGGCUUCAUCAACUUGUAUACCGCGCUCGUUUAUGGUGUCUACUACAGCUUCUUCGAGUCGUUUCCGAUUGUCUAUAUGGGCACAUACGGCUUCUCGAUCGGGAUCAUGGGCGCUGUCUUCAUCUGCGUAAUCAUCGGAGCUGGGAUCGGACUUAUUACGUACACACUUCUGGUGUACUUCAUCUACGAGCCAUAUACGAUGUCCAAAGGUAUCGGUAGCCCAGAGUUCCGCCUUGUGCCCGGGCUCUUCUCCGCUGCUCUGGCCCCGGCUGGCAUGUUCAUUUUCGGAUACGCAUCAAAGCGAGAUAUCACUUGGGUUGCCCCCACUAUAGGCAUCGCGCUCUACGCCGGCACUUCUUUCAUUGGCUUUGCUUCUGGUGUGACCGGAGGAGGCUCAGCAGCAGCCGUUACUCCGACCUCCACGGACGAGCUCGUCUCUUACCUUGGUGACAGUGAGGCCCGUGUUAUCGUCCUCAACCAGGAGUUCGACUUCACGGAUAGUGAGGGUACUACGACCUCUUCCGGUUGCUCGCCAUGGGGCACUGGCUCGCAGUGCCAGAUUGCUAUCAACCAGAACGACUGGUGCACCAACUACGAACCCGAUGCGCCCACCGUGAGCAGCAUCACCUACAACAAGGCUGGUGUCGAGGGUAUCACUGUUGCGUCUGACAAGACCAUCAUUGGAGAGGGAAGCAAGGGUGUCAUCAAGGGCAAAGGCUACUCAGUCUGCAUGGCCAACGGUGUCAGCAACAUCAUCAUUCAGAACAUUCACGUCACUGAGAUUAACCCUGAAUACGUCUGGGGAGGUGAUGGUAUCACCAUCGAUGGCGCCGACAUGAUCUGGAUUGAUCAUGUCAAGACCUCCCUCAUUGGUCGCCAGCACAUUGUUCUGGGAACUGAGUCUUCCGGAAAGGUCACCAUCUCCAACAGCGAGAUCGAUGGCACGACUUCUUGGUCCGCUCAGUGCAAUGCUUACCACUACUGGUCCGUGCUCUUCCUCGGAUCCGAUGACCAAGUGACAUUCAAGGGCAACUACAUCCACAACACCUCUGGCCGUGGUCCCAAGGUUGGCGGCAAGACGGUCCUCCACGCCGUGAACAACUACUGGGGAGACAUCGACACUACCGGCCACGCCUUCGAGAUUGACUCUGGUGCGUACAUCCUGGCUGAGGGCAACACCUUCGACAGUGUCACGACCCCUGUGUCCACCCAGGAGGGCAAGCUUUACACCGGCACGGACUGCUCCAGCGCUCUCGGCCGUGCUUGCAUUGAGAACACUUUGACUGGCUCUGGCGACUUCACCGGCUCUGAUUCCGAUGUCUUGAGCUCCUUCAGCAGCAGCGCAGCCGCCGCUGACAAGGAUGCGUCGGGUGUCCCCACCAGCGCCGGUAUUGGCAAGAUCUAA